AAAAUCACUGUAUUUUUUUUUAUCUAUAAAUGAAUUUAGAAUACAUAAUCACUAAAUUUCAUUUCCGAAAUUUAGAACCAGUCAACCACGUAGACUAUAAAUACCACUACUCUCUUCUUCUUCUCGACUGAGCUCAGAUUCUCUUUCCCACCUUCCUGAAAAUUUCACAUCAAGUAUGAACAAGUACCAAAGCUGUGCCUCUUGCAGACACAACCGCUCAAAAUGUGUACGGGAUUGUCCACUGGCUCCGUACUUCCCUUCGCACAUGCACCAAAAAUUCAAGAAUGCCCGCAAGGUGUUCGGCGAAAGUCACCUGAAGAAGUUGCUCCGGAGCUUACCCCCUCGCAAAAGAAGCACUGCAAUGAAGCACAUUAUAGCGGAAGCUGACAUCCGAGUCGCCGACCCGGUUGGUGGAAGUUAUAGUCUUAUAAGGAACUUGGAGCUGAAGAUUGCGGAGGAAGAGGAGGAGCUCCGCCGCUUGCGCAAUGUACUUAGUGUGUUUCGUGGCGGAGGUAGUGGUAGUGUUGUGGCACAGCCUUUGGUUCAGAAACAGGGAUACAUUGUUCAAGAACAUGAUAACAUCCAUGAUCGGGGAUAUCAUGUUCCAGUACUCCCUCUUGUUCCUGGUGGAUUUCUUCAUGCACUCCAUCAAGAACAGCGCAACAACAUGUUUGAUUUAAGGGAUGAAGUUGUGCCGGAACAUGAUUUCAACCCAAAUCAGGGUGAGGAGUGAGAGCAGUGACAUAAGGGGAAGGCGAUCACAGUUCAUAUCACUUGCAAAUGGUGAAACAUAGAUAGACAAGCCGCGUUUAGUUUUGAUCUCUCAUGUAACCUUGCUUUCUGCACCAACAUAGUGGAGUUGUAAAGAACUAAUAUCAAGCAUUCAAGCUUGAAACUUCCUUUCUAGUUCAAACUAUGUAGUUAAAGAGUGGUUAAGACAUGCAUUCAUUCUUAUCAAGCAAUAUAGAAUACUGAAUGAUCUAUAGUUUCGCAGA